GGUUCUGCACUACCCAGGAUUCUCUGUCGGGAGAAACUUAUCACCACCCCGUCGAUGAAUCAAAAACGUGUGGAAGCUAUUCCAAGCUCGAACUUCCAAACUCAGUGCUUAGAGAUACUAGCAUGUCACGCUACUUCUCGAAUAUGUGAUGGGUAACCAGAUUGUCCCGACGGCUAUGGAUAUGAAGCAUUCUGAUCUGGCCCGGGACUGCAACCCUGACGUUUGGGAACAACGACCCAACCAGGUGGACAAGCCUUCGGGAUUGACAGCCGGUCCCAGUCUUCUCGGUCGACAGCCGAUCCCCAGUGAUCCGGGCGCUCAGGAACCAAACCUGCCCAUCACCAAUGCUUGCCCUUUGUUGCGUAAUAUGAUGUGCCUAAUGGACUCUGGUCCCUUCCGCCGCUCAAAAGAGGUCUCAGCAGGUGUCGCCCCGUCGACCUGCAGCAGUAGGAACUCUAGGGACGUUUACACGCUUCACCAGACUGAAACAGUCAACACUCCUCUCUUCACCUACUCAACCCUUUGUUCCCACAUCAUACGUGUCCCAACUCCACUCUUCUUCCCCCAGCACUCCACAUCAACGACUGUGAUACAACCAUCCGCCUCACCACCAUACUCGCGACAUCAUAUCCAAUGAGGAGAAGGCAUGAACCCGCGAGACACACCCAUGGCAUGAAACACACUGCGCAAGCGGCCACGCACAAGUGAACAUAUUGGUAUGACGACGCAACCGUCCGACUGCGGCCCAGAACUCCCUUCCCAUCAAGAACCUCGAAAGGACCAGAAACACAGUACAUUAACCUCGCUACCUAGGCAGUCCAUGCUCUCCAAAAAGUGGCAGUCGCCGAGCAGUACCGCCGGUUCUGCCAUGACUGAGCUUUCAUUCCCAUUCAGCCGGUCACUGCCACACGACCCCCUGAGAUCUCAUCUAUUCAAAACGCCCAUCAACAUCAAC